CUCCGGGGCGGGUACCCAGCGCCGGUAAAGCCCGGCACCGGUACAUGCACUCUCUAAUUUACAUGCACCUACCGUAUGGGGAGCAUGCAUGCAAUGCAGUGGUAUUCAUGAGCUAGCCGCUGCCUAUGAGGUCAAAUGUACGAACAGCAGAUCAUCAUAGCACCAUCUCGUCAGGGCAGGUCGUGUGAGGCUGCCCAAAUCGCAAAAAGCAUGCCAACGUGGCUGCUUCUGCUCCUCGGAGUCGCCUCGCGGCAGGAGCAGCCGUACCACAAGGGAAACGACCGCCCGGCGCCCUGGCGCUGCGACGAGCCGCGGUCUCGCGCGAGAACGGACCUGUGCUUUCCGUUGGACGAUUCGCUGCGAGAUGAUGGGAGUGAGGACGUACGUUUGUAUAAUAUGGAGCCCGAGCCCGUCAAAACCAAUAGGUCGUGUUGUGGGCUGCCUCCUGUAAAAUGUCCGGCGAACACGGAGUAUCCCCUGACGUGUUUGUUGGAUAAGGUGCCCUUCGCCACUCCGCCCGCGUGCGUCAAGCGCCAGUUCAAGUGCUGCCUGGACUACUGGACGAACCGGUUUCGCCUCGACGAGGCCUACACGAGGGCUCCCCCGCACGUGCGUUGUGAUUCAAAAUUCUGGGACGUGUAUGAUGUACAAGCGGACGACGUCAUCUUCGACCAGCGGUCCCUCAUGAAACUCGCUGCGGCGUUUGCGCCCUGGAUCUUCGUGCCCUACGAGGCGGAGCGCGUGCCCGCCCUAACCGAGCUGAACGGGACCAACAGCGACUACGUGGUGGUGGCCAAAUUGGGCUUCGGCUGGUUCGACCCCGAGGCAGCGAAGCCCGACGCGCUCGUACUAGCCCACAACUUGUUGCGGAACCCCGCGCGACCGAGGCGCCACGCGUACGCGCUGCCGCGCGGCGUCAAGGACCUCAAGCUUUGGAAGGACCGGUGUGCGGACAAUAGGAGGCCAGAUCGCGUGCGCUGCGCGGGCAUCCGGCUCCACCGCGACCGGGCGCGCAAAAUUUUGGCGCUUCGCAAAAACGGCGUCUGCGAACGGACGGCACGGACCGGCCGGCACUCGGGCAUCUUGAAGGGCGCCGGCUACGUCGACGCGUUGAGCGCCGCGCGCUACGCCGUUUCGCCGCCGGGCGUGGGCUUCGCGAACUACCGCACCGCGCCGCGUCCUUUCCAUGCGCGUCGGCGGGUGGGCCGCCGUCGACGCGCCUUCUCGCGCAGGCGACACCGAGGCGAUCGUCGCCGGCGCCGUGCCGAUUCUGGAACGACCGAUGUGGCCGCCCCAGCGGGGUCCCGUCGUGGAACUCCACGACGAACUGCCCCACGUCCUCGUAAAGAACGACACGGCGUGGGCUUCCCUGCGGAAUGAUUUGGACCACCUGCCUUCUCAUCGUCCGGCCGGCGACGCGCGCAAACACUACCUGCCCUACUGGCUCUACUUUAUCUUGAAGAGGCUCCGCGCCGCGAACGUCACCGAGGCGACGUGCACGGAGCCCAGCGCGGAAAAGGUGGAGGCAAAGGUACACACGUCAUGUCGCUGGGCCGCCAUCGGCGCCCCGUGGGACAACCUGGCGGUGAACAUGGGCCCCUUCCAGAACGUCGGGCGCCGGCGGAUCGCGAAGCCGCGGGCCUGGGGCGGCGAGGGCGCGUGGCGGCGCAAGGUUGGCCGCCCGUCCGGGGCCGCGUACUAAUUGAAGAAGUUGUCGCGGUGCCUUGGGAGGUAGGUGCCUUUCGGCGCGACGAAUAUGCGGGUUUACUUAGGGUUUACUUACUCCGAGCAGGUGGCGCCGGUCGUGCAUCGCCCCGCCACACUUUUUGCGUGUCGCGCGUGGGUGAAACGCGCGACGGGGAAACGCUGUUUGGGCUUAC